UGAGGCGGCGGCGGCUGCGGCCCCUUUAAGCGCCGGCCUGGUCGGCCUCCUCCCGCCUCUCUCGGCGAACGCGGAAGCCUCCUUGCGGGGAACGAGAAGGAAGGCCAAGGCCCCGCCAUGGCGCCCCCCCUGCAGCCCCAGGGCAGCUGCGGACCCUGGGAGAUGCGCGAGCGCCUCGGCACCGGAGGCUUCGGCAACGUCCUCCGCUGGCAGAACCAGGAGAGUGGGGAAGAAAUUGCUAUCAAACAGUGUCGUCAGGAGCUCAGCCCACGCAACAGAGAAAGAUGGUGCUUAGAAAUACAAAUCAUGAAACGGCUAAACCACCCCAAUGUGGUGGCUGCCCGGGACGUCCCAGAAGGGAUGCAAAACCUUGCACUGAAUGACUUGCCAUUGCUGGCUAUGGAGUACUGCCAGGGAGGAGAUCUCAGGAGGCACCUGAAUCAGCUUGAGAACUGCUGUGGGCUGCGGGAGAGAGCUAUCCUUAUAUUGCUGUCAGACAUUGCCUCUGCUCUCAGAUACCUUCACGAGAACAGGAUCAUCCAUAGAGACCUGAAACCAGAAAACAUUGUCCUUCAACAAGGAAAAGAGAGGCUAAUACACAAGAUCAUUGAUUUGGGGUAUGCCAAAGAGCUGGAUCAAGGCAGCCUUUGCACUUCCUUCGUUGGGACAUUGCAGUAUCUGGCCCCGGAACUUCUGGAGCAGCAGAAAUACACAGUGACUGUGGAUUACUGGAGCUUUGGCACCUUGGCCUUUGAGUGCAUCACAGGCUUCCGACCUUUUCUGCCCUCCUGGCAACCAGUGCAAUGGCAUGCAAAAGUCCGGCAGAAAAGUGAGCUGGAUAUUGUUGUCUAUGAAGACUUGUCGGGAGAAGUGAAAUUUUCUAGCAAGCUGCCACACCCCAACAAUCUGAACUGGGCUUUCUUUUUCCUGCUUUCCUUCAGUGUUUUGGCUGAGCGGCUGGAGAAAUGGCUGCAGCUGAUGCUGCAAUGGCAUGCGCGGCAGAGAGGCACUGACCCCACCUAUGGUCCCAAUGGUUGUUUCAAGGCUUUGGAUGAUAUAUUGAAUUUAAAACUGGUGCAUAUCCUAGACAUGGUAACAGGAUCCGUGCACGUGUAUCCUCUGGCAGAGGACGAGACCUUACAGAGUGUGAAAGCCAAGAUCCAGGCAGAUACUGGCAUCCCAGAGCAGGACCAGGAGCUGCUUCAGGAAGGAGGGUUGGCAUUAUUUUCUGAGAAACCAGCCAUUCAGCAUCUGGCUGACAUCAAGCUAAAUGAUGCUACAGUUGCUGACACAGGCCUCUUCUUCCUGUUCGACAACCGAAAAGUUACAUACAGGCCUCAGAUCUCUCCCCGACCUCAUCCAGAAAGCAUUAACAGUAUUCUUCAAGACCCAAAGAAGAACCUCUCCUUCCUCCAGCUGCGCAAAGUGUGGGGGCAAGUCUGGCAUUCCAUCCGAAGACUGAAUGAGGACUUCCACCAGCUCCAGCACGGGCAGCGGGCAGCCAUGAGGAACCUUCUGCGCCACAACAGUACCCUUUCCAAGAUGAAGAACACGAUGGCCUCCCUAUCACAGCAGCUGAAGGCAAAGCUGGACUUCUUCAAAGCCAGCAUCCAGAUUGACUUGGAGAAGUACAAUGAGCAAACUGAAUUUGGAAUCACUUCUGAGAAACUGCUGCUUGCAUGGAAGGAAAUGGAGCAGACUGUGGAGCUCUGUGGGCGGGAGGAGGAAGUUGAGCAGCUGGUGAAGAAGACGAUGGCCCUACAGACAGACAUUGUGGACCUGCAGAGAAUCCCACAGGGCCCGAAACAAGGGAGCUCUUUGGAUGCCCUAGAGGGACAAGCAAAGGACUUGUACCAGAGACUGAGAGAAAAGCCAAGAGACCAAAGGACUGGUGGAGACAGUCAAGAAGUCGUGAGGCUACUUCUGCAAGCAAUCCAGACCUUUGAAAAGAAAGUCGGCCUCCUUUAUGCUCAGCUCAGUAAAACAGUUGUCUGCAAGCAAAAGGCACUGGAGUUAUUUCCUAAAGUGGAUGAGGUGAUGAGCCUGAUGAAUGAGGAUGAGAAAAUGGUUGUUGUGCUUCAGGAUAAACGGCAGAAAGAGCUGUGGAACCUGUUGAAAAUUGCCUGUAGCAAGGUGCGUGGGCCUGUCAGUGGGAGCCCAGACAGCAUAAGCGCAUCACGCCUUAGUAAUCCCGGUCAACUCUCAUUGCAGGUUCCAGCCCUGCACAGUAAUCUACAGGAUCCUGGGAUUAAAAGUGAGGAAUUGCUGGUGGAAUCUCGAAGUCUCUGCAGUCAGCUAGAGAAUGUGAUGCACCACACAAUGAAGGAUCAAGAGCAUAGCUUUAUGGUAACAUCUCACGUUUUCUGUUGUCAAGUGACUGGGGCGAGGGGAGGGGAGAGACUGAUGCUUUACCAGUACAGUCCCUGCAGGUCAGUUUGACAGUGGGUGGCAUUGCCCCUCUCUCCGACACCUGAUGUUAGAUGGUUGACAGGUAGGUGGCCUUCCCCAUAUGAUAGCACCAAUAACUUGUUUCUAGCCAGUGAGAAAGCACUCUUAUUUAGACUAGCUUAUAGUCACACAAGAGAGGAUUUAACCUGAGGUGAAAAAUACUUUGGAGGGAAUUGGACAGGAAGCCACAGUUUUUAUGAGUGAGGUGUCUCAAUAAGCACUUGUUUUGUUUUAGGCUCUGGACUGGAGUUGGUUGAAACUUCAAGAGGAAGAAAGAGGAAAAGGCCUAGAACAAACCCAGAUGUGAAAAGGGCACUAUUAAACCACUUAAAAGCUAACAUUUUAAAACUUGGUAGCCUGCUAUGAACAAGGCUGCUAUCUUUGUUGAGAAAUCUAUGCCUAUUGCCCACUGACUGAUUGUAUUCAUUUUUUUUACCCUUAAUCAUAUGUAUAUAUAAAAUAUACUGUUUCUGUACUAUG